GGUCAUCUCUUCAAACCGAACCAAUGGCCUGCUAAAAGCUGAGAUCAGCCUGCAGGGGAAUGUAGCUUGUCACUGGAGCUAUUUUGGCAAUGCACAGCCACUAAUGAUUGAGAUCACAGAGCAGAGAGCGGAACAGUUGCUUUCUUCCACUUUUUUUUUCCUACCAGCAAGUUUGAUCAUGCACCUCUCACCAGCGCUGCAGGGAUUAGAGAGUUAAACAAAUGGCACGUCAGCUCCGCUUGCAUUUCGCGUCAAGACGAAGCAACACGGACCCCCUCUCUGAAAGCCUCAGCUGCCAUGGUGAGGAGAGCAGAGUCAGUGUGUCAGCGCACGGCCCCGCAGAGAAUCUGGCGCACAGCUCAGUCCACUUGAAGGUGACUCCUCUGUCACCAGAGUUUGCCAGCAGUCAGAGCUCUUCAGUCUUCAUAUCCAGGGUUAACUCUGGAGGCAGCAACAAGAAGAGCGUUCUGCAAAUCUCGCUGCAGCCGUGCGGAAAACCAAGCGGCGAGUUGGAAGGGAGCGCAGAGGAUGGAGAGGCCGGCGUGGGUGUCGGUUCUGAUGGGGGAUCGUGCAAUAGCAGCAUGGCCAGCGACGCCGGGUACUGCAGCAGCAACAGCAUCUUUGAGCCGGAGCUUCCAGAAAAGCACAGGAGCAGUCAGGAGAGGCCCCAGGUCUGCCGCAGGUCCAAGGUCCCGCUGCGGCGGUGCUCCUCCCUGGUCAUUAUUCCAAGGAGCCCUUGCAGCACGCCGCCUGCGUCUCCCGUAGGAUCUGCGGCUCUGUUUGCUCUGCCCCCGCUACGGGGAUCUAACCAACCGUUUCUCCAGGCACCUGCCAGUGAAUUCUUCCAAGCAGAUGAAGAAGUAACAAGUAAAGAGCCCAACAUUGCUUCUCUAAGUGGCCACAAUCAGCCAAAAGGAAACUACUCAUCCGAGUUUAGGGACUCAAAACACACGGUGCACUUUAACAUCCCGCUAGAGGAUGAACCAAAAUGCAAACUGGAGGACAAGACUGCAGGUAUGGAGCAGUCAUCUAAUCUUCACUCUAGCAGCGUGAUGCUACGCUUUGCCCACCAGAGACCAAUGGCAUCGGCCAAACGAGUCGCAUCUGUGGCUUCGGGCAGUUCACAUCUCCCCGAUGCUCAUUACCCGGCUGGACUCUCUGAAAGACAAGGUGAAGCCCACAAAAAACUUUAUCAGAGUACCUCUGCUUGCUUAUUUUCCUCAUCUAAGCAACCUGAGAAAAACAGUAGGGUCUGUUCAUCAGGGAAGGUUCAAGGGAAACACUGUCAUCGUGCCAUUCAGAGGAGCUUUUCCCUGGAGGUGCCUUACGCUAACACCGGGAUUUCAUGUCACGUUUCAAACCCAAAACUCAGCAGCCCUCUUUCCCCACAUGUACACAUUCAUUUGUCUCCUUGCUGCCCUGCAAAGGUUCCCGCUUAUCCCAACAACUUCAAAAAAAGCCACAAAGGAAACAGGGAGACACGUGAUGACUUUCUUGGACAGGUGGACGUUCCUUUAAAUCAGAUACCGACAGAAAAUCCUAACGCACAAAGACCAUACACAUUCAAGGAUUUUCUGCUCCACCCACGAAGCCAUAAGUCCAGGGUCAAAGGUCAUCUGCGUCUCAAAAUGACCUACCUGCCGAAGAACUUGGGCUCAGAAGAGGAGACAGCAGAUCAGACAGAGGAUUUGGAUCCGGGCUGGGAGCUUCUGGACCAGGACAUGUCGGGCCCCAGGCAGAGCCAGAUGCUGCCUCCUCUUCCUCCUGGCUGGGAGGAGCGGCAGGACAACCUCGGCAGGAUCUACUUCGUCAACCACGUGACCAGAACCACGCAGUGGCACCGGCCCACCAUGCAGCAGAGCAACGGGGAGAGCCACCGGCCGCAGAACAGCAACACAGAUGUGGAACCUGCCUUCAUCACACGCAGACAGAUCUCAGACCACGACGAGAACGCCACGCCGCAGGAGUCUCCAGAGAGCUGGGAGAUCCUCACAGAGGACGAAUCCACUUUGCACCCCAGAAACCAUCAGCUCGCAUCGCCCGUGUCCAGCGAGCCGCCGGCCUUCUCGUCGUUCAGCGACGAGAACAGGAACCAUCGCGUUUCACAAUCCUCGGCUAGAGAACGGCGCAGUUCACAGAAUAAUCAUAUGAGUAAUUCAAACCAUUCCAGUCUCAGAGAAAGUUCGCAGACUUCUACAAGAGAGGAACAACCUGUCAGUCCUGUGUUACUUCCCUCGUCCCCUCAGUUGCCUCCAGGCUGGGAGGAGAAGCGUGACAAUAAAGGAAGACGCUACUACAUCAACCACAACACCCGAACCACCACAUGGGUGCGACCAGUCGUUCAGAAAUCUGCAGACGCAGCGGCGGCGGCAACAGCAGCAGCGGCGGCGGCAACAGCAGCAGCGGCGGCGGCACCAGCAGAGGCGGCACCAGCAGCGGCGGCACCACAGAGUGGAUCAGCUUCGCCUCAGAACUCCAGCUCGCAGUCCCAGCCGGCGGCGGUCGGCCCCACAUACGCCGCUCAGCCCAGACCGAGCGCAGAGGCCUCAGGCUUACCGCAGGGCUGGGAGGUGCGCAGCGCUCCAAACGGAAGACCUUUCUUUAUCAAUCACAACACAAAGAUGACCACCUGGGAAGAUCCCAGGCUCAGGAUUCCUGCGCAGAGAAGGAGGACCGGCUCACUCGACCCCAAAGACCUCGGCCCGCUGCCACCUGGAUGGGAAGAGCGGAUCCACAGCGAUGGCAGGAUAUUCUACAUAAAUCACAACACCAGAGCCACACAGUGGGACGAUCCCAGACUGCAGAACUCGGCUAUAACUGGUCCAGCCGUGCCUUACUCUCGAGAUUACAAGCAGAAGUACGAGUUUUUCAGAAAGAGGCUGAUCAAACCGGCCGACAUCCCGAACCGCUUUGAGCUGAAGCUGAAACGAAACUCGGUGCUGGAGGAUUCCUACAGACGCAUCCUGGCGGUGAAGCGGCCGGAGCUGCUGAAGGCUCGACUCUGGGUGGAGUUCGAGGGGGAAAAGGGCCUGGACUACGGCGGCUUGGCCAGAGAGUGGUUCUUCCUCAUGUCCAAGGAGAUGUUCAACCCGUACUAUGGACUGUUCGAAUAUUCUGCCACAGACAACUACACGCUGCAGGUCAACCCCAACUCCGGUUUGUGCAAUGAAGACCACCUGACCUACUUCAAGUUCAUUGGUCGUGUGGCUGGCAUGGCGGUGUUUCACGGAAAACUCCUUGAUGCGUUCUUCAUUCGGCCGUUCUACAAGAUGAUGCUGGAGAAGCAGAUCACGCUGCAGGACAUGGAGUCUGUCGACAGCGAGUACUUCAACUCCUUGAAGUGGAUUUUGGAGAACGACCCGGAGGAUUUGGACCUGAGGUUCACCAUUGAUGAGGAGCUGUUUGGAGAGACUCACCAGCAUGACCUGAAACCGGGAGGCUCUGAGAUUGUUGUCACCAAUGAAAACAAGAAAGAAUACAUCGACCUGGUGAUGCAGUGGAGAUUUGUGAACAGAAUACAGAAACAGAUGACGGCUUUCAAAGAUGGAUUCUUUGAGCUGAUACCAAAGGAUCUGAUCAGGAUUUUUGAUGGGAACGAGCUCGAGCUGCUCAUGUGCGGCCUGGGAGACGUGGAUGUGAACGACUGGAGGCAGAACACCAAGUACAAGAGCGGUUACUGUGGCGACCACAUGGUCAUCCAGUGGUUCUGGAAGACGGUGCUGCUGAUGGAUGCAGAAAAGAGAAUCCGACUCCUGCAGUUUGUGACGGGAACGUCCAGAGUCCCGAUGAACGGGUUCGCAGAACUUUAUGGCUCUAAUGGACCGCAGCUGUUUACCAUCGAGCUCUGGGGAACCAGUGAUAAACUUCCCAGAGCCCACACAUGCUUCAACCGUCUGGACCUCCCUCCUUACGAGUCGUUCGAGGAGCUCAGGGAGAAGCUCAACAUCGCCAUCGAGAACGCCCAGGGCUUCGACGGCGUCGACUAACGGCCGCCGUGAUUGGACGAGGGGAGCGGACGCUGCUGCAGUCAGAGUGAACCCGACCAGGACCUCGACCUGCCAGCUGAGGGUCAGAUGAAGGAAAACCUUAGAGCCGUCGCUCGGUCCACUGACGGAGCUGACAGGAGGAAAAAAGAGACAGAUACUUUAUUUAUCUGCACCUUUCAACGUUUACAAAUCAGAUUCCUUAUGGGGAGCCGCUCAGAGGUGUAUGUAUUUACUGUCACUUGUUCUGCUUAAAUGCUGUGAUGUGUUAAACAUAGGUUGAUUUUUUAUUUUUUUUGUGAGCCAAUAUGCAUAAAUACUGUGAAUUAAUGAAUUCAUGCCUCCCUGAACGUAUCUGAGGCACCGGUGUGGAAAAGUCCAGCUGCAUCCAGCUGCACAAUGCUACGGGGUUUUACUUUUACUACCAGUUAGUUUGCUUUAGUUCAAUCGACAGGAAAAUAAUGUUUAUUUUAUUCACUUUUCACAGCCGAUCAGAAACAAAUCAAUCACUACCAACAGUAAAGAUGACCAGUUAACCAAGUUUGCCAUGUGAGCUCAAACUUCUUCUUAAAAUAAAAAAACUAAAUUUGUCACUAUUUUAAAAUACCUAAUCGUUUUGAUUUAGUUUGAAAAUCAUUGUGAACAGCUUUUUUUUUUUUCAUCAGUUUAUUUCCUGUAUAUUACAUUUUUCAUUCCAGUAUUUCAGAUAUUUGGAUGCAUGGACCUCAAAGCCACUUACAGCGGACAGCGUUACAUACACGUUUGAGCGACGAGUUAAUCUAAAUGUGUUGGUGAUUAUUAGAUUGUUGAGGUAGUGAUGAACCUGGACCAGUGAAAAGCUUCAGUAAUUAUUGUUUCUGUGUCAUUCAUAGAGGAGCAGAAGUGGCUGCAACAUACAGUGUUGGAUACUAUGCACUCAUGUAUAUAUCGAUGUAAAAUAGCCACGUAUCUCUUAAAUUUUUAGCUUAUUUCACGUUGCGUUAACGUACCUGCAGACACACCUGUGCCUUUUACAUCUACCUUCUGUGUCUUUCUCCACUCUGAUUGCGCCGGAAGAAUCGAUGUAAAUUCACCUUUUAUCUCUGGGUUUUAGCUUAAACCUUUUCCAGGUGGCCUUAACAUGUUAAAUAGUUUUACUGACAUUUUUUUUUUUUUUUUGUCCUGUGACAACGUCGUUUUUAUCUCAUCAGGGGGCGUCUGAUUGCAGCUCCGUUUUUGAGAGCGCAUCGUCAACGUUUUUUGUGUACAGAUUGUUCUUCUCAAACUGAGAACUAAUUUGUGAUACCUUUGUAUGAAACGGCUGUACUUGAGCAGCAGUUUUAACAUUUUCUGACCGGUGAAAUGCGUUUACACUAGCUGCCAUGUUUACAGGUCGGUGAGGGUGGACGAUAACGCGGCCCGCUUCCUGUCUGACGUUUUUCUUACUCCUGCUUUUAUAAAGUGAAGCACUUUGUUGAAGAGUCUUACUUCUGAACCUUUGCCAAACCUGCAGACUGUCUGAAUCACUCAUGACCUUUUGCUUCAUGCGUUUAAAUGUUUACAUGUGAACCUUGCUUAAAACGAGCACUUUCUCUCCUUUCUCAUUCAUUUUAAAGAGAAAUACCAAGGCCUUCAUUUGUAACACGUAAUGUAGACUUUAAAGGUGUUAUCAUAUCUCUGUGUAUGCUAGAGGCGACAUUACAGCAGAAAAAAGGGCAGAAUUAUUAUUUUUUCAUUAAUUUUAACUACCUAUUGUAUAUCUAUAGACUGAAUAUAAAUGUUUGCAAAAUAAAGACAUAAAACCCCAAA